CUUAACUAACCAGAAAGAGGAAGAAUCAGAGCAAAGAAGAUGAUAACGGGAAGCGAAUUCUAUAAAGUGAUGUGUGCAAUGGCACCACUCUACUUCGCCAUGUUCGUAGCCUAUGGUUCUGUCAAGUGGUGGAAGAUCUUCACAGCAGAACAAUGCUCUGGAAUCAACCGUUUUGUCUCGGUUUUCGCCGUCCCAAUCCUCUCUUUCCACUUCAUUUCACAAAAUAACCCUUACAAAAUGGACAUGAUGUUCAUCAUCGCCGACACUUUGUCCAAAGUCAUGGUCUUCGUUUUGCUCUCUCUAUGGGCCAUUCUCUUCAAGUCUGGUGGUCUCGAUUGGCUCAUCACUCUCUUCUCCGUCGCCACGCUCCCUAACACUCUCGUUAUGGGCAUCCCUUUGCUUCAAGCCAUGUACGGAGAGUACACUCAAAACCUCAUGGUCCAACUCGUUGUCCUUCAAUGCAUCAUUUGGUAUACUCUACUACUCUUCCUCUUUGAACUACGUGCGGCCAGGUUGCUUAUCCGAACCGAGUUUCCGGGUCAAGCAGCCGGGGCAAUCACUAGGAUCCAAGUCGACGAUGACGUCAUCUCCUUAGACGGCAUGGACCCUCUCCGUACAGAAACUGAAACCGAUAUAAACGGUCGGGUCAGGCUGAGGAUCCGACGGUCCAUAUCAUCCGUACCCGACUCCGUUGUCUCUUCUUCUCUAUGCCUAACUCCUCGAGCCUCGAAUCUUUCUAACGCCGAGAUUUUCUCCGUCAACACUCCUAACCGUUUCUUUAACGGCGGAGGAGGAAGUGGUGCACUUCAGUUUUAUAACGGUAAUAACGAGAUCAUGUUUUGUAACGGUGAUCUAGGCGGUUUCGGGUUUACCCGACCCGGUUGUGGUGUUAGCCCUAGGAGGCUCUCGGGUUAUGCUUCUUCCGAUGCUUACUCGUUGCAGCCGACGCCACGUGCCUCGAACUUCAACGAGCUUGACGUUAACGGAGCCGGUACACCUGUUUGGAUGAAGUCUCCAGCCGCCGGGAAAAUAUACCGGCACGCGGCGUCGCCGAAGAUGACGUGGGAGUCAGGGCAGAGACAUGUAGGCAAGGAUAGUAUCAACGAGAAGGAGAUCAGCUUCAGAGACGCACUUAGGGCUGCACCACCGCCUACGGCAGCCGGUGUUGCUUGUUCCAUGGAGGAAGGAGCCGCCGGAAAAGAAACAGCUCCGGUUGCUGCUAUUGGCAGGCAAGAAAUGCCAAGUGCCGCUUUGAUGGUGCGGCUCAUACUGACUGUCGUGGGACGCAAGCUUUCUCGAAACCCUAACACCUAUUCUAGCAUCAUAGGUCUUGUCUGGUCACUUAUAUCCUUCAGAUGGAAUAUAGCGUUGCCAGAUAUUGUUGCGUUUUCGAUCAAGAUAAUAUCAGAUGCAGGUCUUGGAAUGGCCAUGUUUAGUUUAGGUCUAUUCAUGGCGUUGCAACCAAAGAUGAUCGCUUGCGGGGCGAAGAAAGCAACAUUGGGGAUGUUGAUUAGGUUCAUCUCAGGUCCGGCUUUCAUGGCUGCUGCUUCAGUUCUUGUCGGAUUGAAAGGUUCUAGGUUACAUGCUGCCAUCGUACAGGCGGCUCUACCGCAAGGAAUAGUACCGUUUGUGUUUGCCAGGGAGUAUGGUUUGCAUCCAGACUUGCUCAGUACAUUGGUGAUCUUUGGUAUGAUGGUAUCUUUACCAGUAACUAUUCUGUACUACGUACUCUUGGGCCUAUGAUUCACAACAACAUUGAAGAAAGAAAUAUUCACAAUAAAGGGACGUGGAAAUAGAGACUAGUGAGCGCUUACGAGUUGUUCUUAAGAGCUUGUAAGAAAGAGUAGCGAUUACAUUCAAAUUAAUGGUCAAUGACCCAAUGGUUAUGAGAACAUUUUAAAUUAUGUACUUAAUUAAUAUUUAACUUUGACCC